UCGCCGGUGUCGUGCCCGAGCUUUUGUUGUUGCUGGGAUCAUUUUUGGUUGUCCAACAUUUUAGCUCCCGGAAACGCCGGGUAAGUUCUGCUUUGUGUAUGUAAACAAGGCUGAAGGUAAAGACACGUCCAGGUGUUUGGAGGGAAUGAUGCAGUGUGUUGUGUGAAGUUUAGAGCAAACAUGAGGUGACGUGUAACGUGUCUUUGUAGACUUUUCAUCUCACGUGGUCACUUUCGUUCAUUUAGCCUCGAGCUAGUGCAGAGCUAACGUUAGCUUAGCACAAGUUAGCCCGAUGUUCACCCACGUGUUCAUGUUUUCCAAGUGUUUACAUAGCUACCUCGUGCUAACACGAUCUAGAAAAAAAGUCCCUCAUGAAGGAGUUUUCUUUCUACCCGCUGCCAGUUAAAGUUAGUUAAAGUUGUGCUAGCUUUUAUUAAUCGUCAGCCGUCGUCAGGUGGCGCUGUUCAGCUGCUGAGUUCAGGUUGUACUAUGGACUGUGCUAAAGAAAGGCAAGAUGCUGAGGAUGGGGUAGGCCGAGAAGAAGACCUGUUCUUUAUUGAGGACUCCGGUGCUUCAGAAGAUGAAGUGGAGAUCAUGUUCAGUCAUCAGAAACAAGCUGCGCGGCUCAGCCGGGAGAGCUCUCCUCCGCUCCUCCUGUUCAACAUCACCUCCGGACGGCCGCUGCGAGACACAGACCGGAGCCCUGCUUCCAGUGUGGACCUAGAGGAGGAGGAGGAGGAGGAGGAGGAUAUUGAGGAGUGGAUGAUCCUGGGAGGAGAGGAGGAGUUGGGAGACUCAAACAUUCAGCUCAACCUGAGCUACUGGAGCAGCUCUGAGGAUGACUCUGGAGAUGAAGAUCAGAACAUAAAUACCUGGGCUGUAUCAUUAAAAGACAAGUAUGGUGCUGAUCCGUCUCUACCUGUCCGCUAUUUUGCGCCUGGUGGUUCUCUGAUCUGUAAUAUCUGCAACAGGACAGGACACCUUGCCAGAAGUUGCUACUACCACAAGAAAUGUCCCACAUGUGUCCUUUGUGGGAUCCAGGGCCAUAUCCAGAGGGACUGUCCGUCUCGCCCCUGCCCCAUCUGUGGCCUUCCUUCACACGGCUUCAGGCCAUGUGAAAGACCCCCGCUGUGGAACCAGCACUGCCAGCGCUGCGGUGUGGCAGGGCACCUCUCUGAUACCUGCCCUGAUACAUGGAGACAAUACCAUCUGACAAUCCAGUUAGAUGUUCCACUCCGACCACGUACAGUCCACACCCUAAAUCGUCAGAAAUGCACUGCUCACUGUUACAACUGCUCUGUGAUGGGUCAUUAUGGUUAUGAGUGCACUAAGAGGAGGAUGAUCAGUGGGACUUCUCCUUCGCUGCCAUAUGUUUGCCACUAUGACACCAUGGAGGACAUCCUCCAAGGCCGUACCAGGACGCAGAAAAGAGCUGAAGAGCUCGUAGGGGCCGGAGCCCUGCCUCUCUCAGACCAGCAGCACUCUGAACCAACAGUGGAGAGCGGUGAGGAGAAUCAGCCAGCUCAGGGGAGGAGCAGGACAAAGCAGGACACAUGUAGCCGGGCUGGCAGGAGGAAGACAUGGCCAGAGAGGCGCAAAGAGAGGCGGGAGGUGAAGAGACUGAGGAGAGAGGCUCAAGCCAGGCGAGAAGGAGGACUACUGGGGAGAUCCCGGGGGAACUUUGAUGAUGAAGUUUGCCCUGCAGACCCCUUCAGGUUCCCACUUGAUGGUCACAGGCAGCCCACACCGCCUCCACAAAGGAAGAGGAAGAGGGAUGAGGAAGGAGGCAGACAAGGGAGCAGGAAGAGCAGAGAGGCAGAGAGGUGGAAGAAAAGAGGAGGGGUAAAACAUGGCGAUUUAUAUCCCCAUGGUGAUAUAGACAAAGAUAGUGAAAACCUUCUUUCUCCAAAACAAAGAGUGCGCCACCGGAGAAGAUAAAAGUGUGAUUGUUAUUUGUAUGAUGUAAGAAAUAUAACUGGAUAACAAAAAAUUAUGUAUCUGACUUUGAUUCAUUUAUUUAUUGUCUAUAGAAGAUAGAAGCAUACACAGUUGAAGGAUGCUCAUCUUCAGUGUACUUGUAUGAACAUACUUUUGUACUUUAAGUGCAUCUACUACUGUCAUACUGGCUGUGCCAAGUUUUAACCAUACAGUAUUUUAGAAUAUGCUUUUAAACAUUAUGCCUGCUUUCUGCCUAGUAUAUAAGUGUUGUAGGGGAUGGUUUGAUAAAUAUGCUAGUUUUACAGUAACAUUUCAUUUUCAUUGUAAUACUUGAAAUCAGGUCAAAGGCACAAUGUUAACCUUUUGUAAAGAGUGCUAUUUAUAUUGUAAAGACAACAAUAAACAUCCAUUUGCAGGUAA